CCUGGAUGGGCAUGGCGAUGAGUGAACAGGCCCACCCAGUGGACAAGGAUGAGGAGCCACACUUGAGAGGGCAAGAGGAGAUGCCCACCCACCCCUGCGUAGAAUGACCACCCUGGGAGGCCCUGGCAGGGCUGCUGACCUUCAGCCUGCAAAACGCUAAAAGCAGGACUCCAGACUUCCGUGGAUGGUCCCCUGCCCUGCAGUUCCACCAUGAAGCUCCUCGUGGCACACCUCUUGCUAGCUUGGGUGGCUGGCACUACUGCUGCUGUGCCUGUGGUCCCCUGGCGUGUGCCAUGCCCCCCUCAGUGUGCCUGCCAGAUCCGGCCCUGGUACACACCCCGCUCAUCCUACCGAGAGGCCACCACCGUGGACUGCAAUGACCUAUUCCUGACAACCGUGCCCCCGGCGCUGCCUGCGGGCACACAGACUCUUCUGCUACAGAGUAACAGCAUCGUCCGUGUGGACCAGAGUGAGCUUAGCUACCUGGCCAACCUGACUGAGCUGGACCUGUCCCAGAACAGCUUUUCAGAUGCCCGGGACUGUGAUUUCUUGGCCCUGCCCCAGCUGCUGAGCCUACAUCUGGAAGAGAACCAGCUAACCCGGCUGGAGGACCACAGCUUCGCAGGACUGAGCAGCCUGCAGGAACUCUAUCUCAACCACAACCAGCUCUACCGCAUCUCUCCCAGGGCCUUUGCCGGCCUGAGCAAUCUCCUGCGGCUACACCUCAACUCCAACCUGCUGAGGGCCAUCGACAGCCGCUGGUUUGAGAUGCUGCCCAACCUGGAGAUCCUCAUGCUCGGUGGCAACAAGGUGGACGCCAUCUUGGACAUGAACUUCCGACCCCUGGCCAGCCUGCGCAGCCUGGUGCUAGCGGGCAUGAACCUGCGGGAGAUCUCCAACUAUGCCCUGGAGGGACUGCAGAACCUAGAGAGUCUCUCCUUCUACGAUAACCAACUGGCCCGGGUGCCCAGGCGGGCACUGGAGCACGUGCCCGGGCUCAAGUUCCUGGAUCUGAAUAAGAAUCCACUGCAACGUGUAGGGCCAGGAGACUUUGCCAAUAUGCUGCACCUCAAGGAACUGGGGCUGAAUAACAUGGAGGAGCUGGUCUCCAUUGACAAGUUUGCCCUAGUGAAUCUCCCUGAGCUGACCAAGCUGGACAUUACCAACAACCCUCGGCUGUCCUUUAUCCACCCCCGCGCCUUCCGCCACCUGCCCCAGAUGGAGACUCUCAUGCUCAACAACAACGCUCUCAGUGCCUUGCACCAGCAGACAGUAGAGUCCUUACCCAACCUGCAAGAGGUGGGUCUCCACGGCAACCCCAUCCGCUGCGACUGUGUCAUCCGUUGGGCCAAUGCCACGGGUACCCGAGUCCGCUUCAUCGAGCCUCAGUCCACACUGUGUGCCGAGCCUCCUGACCUCCAACGCCGACCAGUCCGUGAGGUGCCCUUCCGGGAGAUGACAAACCACUGCCUGCCUCUCAUCUCCCCACGCAGCUUCCCCGCCAGCCUCCAGGUGGCCAGCGGAGAGAGCCUGGCACUACACUGCCGGGCACUGGCUGAACCGGAGCCCGAGAUCUACUGGGUCACUCCAGCUGGGGUUCGACUGACAGCUGCCCGUAUGGGCAGGAGGUACCGGGUAUAUCCCGAGGGGACCCUGGAACUUCGAAGGGUGACGACGGAAGAGGCAGGGCUGUACACCUGUGUGGCCCAGAACCUGGUGGGGGCCGACACUAAGACAGUCAGUGUGGUUGUUGGACGUGCACCCCUCCAGCCCAGCAGCGGUGAGGGAUGGGGGCUGGAGCUGCAGGUGCAGGAGACCCACCCCUAUCACAUCCUGCUUGCCUGGGUACCCCCACCCAACACAGUCUCCACCAACCUCACUUGGUCCAGCGCUUCCUCCCUCCGAGGCCGGGGGACCACUGCUCUGGCCCGCUUGCCCCGGGGCACCCAUAGCUAUAACAUCACCCGCCUCCUUCAGGCCACAGAGUACUGGGCCUGCCUGCAAGUGGCCUUUGCUGACGCCCACACCCAGUUGGCCUGUGUAUGGGCCAGGACUAAGGAGGCCACUCCUUGUCACAGAGCCUUAGGGGACCGAUCUGGGCUCGUAGCCAUCCUGGCUCUUGCCAUCCUCCUGCUGGCAGCUGGGCUGGUGGCUCACCUUGGUAAGGGCCAACCCAGGCAGGGGGUGGGUGGGCGGCCCCUCCUUCCAGCCUGGGCUUUCUGGGCCUGGAGUGGCCCUUCUGUCCGGGUGGUGUCCGCGCCCCUUGUCCUGCCCUGGAAUCCAAGCAGGGAGCUGUCAGGAUCCUCAAAAGGGGAGAUACUGUUACCACCAUUGUCUCAAAACUCCUGA